UUGGUUUUUGUCUUUUUUUUUUCGAAUUUUUUUGAGAAUUUCGCAGUUUGAGGAUGAAAAAGAAGAAGAAAAAGGUGAGUCAUUAUUUUUAUUAUUGGAAACAAUUUUUUUUUUCUAUUUUUUGUACAUUUUAUCAAAAAUAAAAUUUUUAAUUCAUUAUUUCACUUUGUGGUUUUUGUUUUUUUUUUUCAAAUUUUUAUCUAAAAUUACAAAAAAGAACGUAAUUAAUUUCUCAAAUUGAAUAAAAAAUAAAUUUUUUUGUGGACAGGACAUUUUUCGAAAUUUUUAUAUCGAUUCUUUCAAUUUUUUUACUUCGUUUUAUGAUGCGAUAAAAUUGUAAAAAGUUGCCAUAAUUUUAUAAAUAACCCUGUAUAUAUAAUUUAAUUGUAUUAACUAAAAUUAACGAUAAAACAUUUUUUCAUGGUACUAAAUAUCAAAAUUACAUUUAUUUUUUGUAUAUUAUCAGAUACUAUACUAAAUUCGAAGUCUGGCAACGUGUGAUUUCAUAUUCGCUUCAUAAUGUACAAUUAUAUCAAUAACAAUAUACAACUUAUUACCACUUAAAUAUUCGAGAAAUAUCGUGGAAAAAUUUGGCAACGUCGCGAAUUCAUUUGACGUAAACAACACUAUACACUAAAAAACUUUCUGUCAACUCAUAUCAAUUUGGGUCUGUUGUACGUAAAUAAUAUUUUUCCACGUAUUCCUAAUUUUUUUUAAUUGAAUUAUUUUUUUUUGGUAGUACAAAUAAUCAAUAUUUUUAUUAAACCAAUCAUUAUUCUGGCAGGGUUUUUCUAGUGUAGUAAAUACGUGAAAAGGAACAAAAAAAUCAAUAGCCGAUCCCGUAUUCGACAGUUAUCGACAAAAUUCGUCAACAUCACAUCGUUUCUUCGACGGCGGAUGUGUGUAACCGUCAGUGUUGCCAGUGUUAAAUUCCUACCAAAUCUCAUACGUAUUUAUUGAAUUUAUAAAUUUUAAUCAAGUAAAUUGUAAACGUAUUUUUUCGGGAGAUUUAUGUAGCAACUCAUAUUUCUGUUUGUUCGCCGGUCACAAUCGAGGAAUUCACUGUUCUCAAUAAUUUAUCUCCCAAUAAAAAAAAAACCUAAAAUCCCCACAAUUACUAGGGAUUCUUCCUAAGAAAAGUGAAUAGCAUUGAAAAUAAUGAAAUAUUAAACGAAUAAUAAAUUUCAAACACUCAAUGAAUAAUUUCAUUCGGCAAAAUCACUUUUUUAAAUUCUUUAUUCAUAAAUUGUAAGUUCUAAAAAUCCAUAAAAACAUCCCAUCCCACAUAUUCUUCCUAAAUUUGGUGGAAAAACCCUUAAAUUUGGAGCCUUGGAGCGAUUAUAGAAAAACAAAUAACCUGACGUUACUUUUUUACGUAAAUAUUAGUUACUGAUAAAAUUUACAAACCGGCAACACUGUUUACCAUCGAAUCGUAUACAAAUCCCAUAUAGGUCGACGUUUUUUCUAAAUUUGUGAAUGAAAGAAAUAUUUGUUUUUUCACUUUCUAAUAAAGUUCCAACUAAAUAUUAUUUACCAAAUAACCAAAAAUUCGGUUUCUUCACCUUAUAAUAAAUUAAACCUCCGAAUAAAUCGAGUUAUUGCCGAAUAAGUUAUUAGGCCGUCACAACUGUCAAUUAAAGAGUUCAGUAGGAACUUAACCUAAAAUAUUAUACGUCAAAAGUGAUUUGUUUGUUUAUUAUUGAUUAGUUCAUUUUUGGAAAUAUUUGAUUUCCAAGAAUUAAAUUGAAGGAAUUACAGAUAUUACUUUUUAUUAAAAUUGGGUUUACGAUAUAUUUUCUGCGUGCUAGCGUGUCAAGACGAAUAGAAAUCGUACUAAAUUUGAAAAUCACCAAAGAAACGCAGUUUGUUUGUAUAGUUAGCAGCCAACAAAGCGGUUUCUCCCUUUGUAUUGAUUAGUGUUAUACAUCCCGUAACAUCGUGGAAAUAAUAAUGUCAAAAUAAAAAGACAUUAUUUAAUAGUUUUCCACAAGAUACAUUUGAUGUCUACUAGAAAGAAUGCUGCGAAGAUGUCUGGUAAUACCAAAAAAGUGGUUUCGGGCACUACAAAACAAUCUUCAAAAGAAAGGGAUGCUAGUACAGAGAGAAAAGAAAAGUUGGAAUUGCAAUCAUCGCAAAAAAAUAAAUCUAAACUAAUUGCAAACCCUAAAAUUAAGAGUGUGAUCAAAACUGAUUCCGCGUCAACAAUAGACACUAAACUAGCGUCAAAUAAAAAAUUGAAAAAUAAACAGGAAGUGCCUAUAACGCCAUCUAGUAGUAGAGUAACGACUUCUCAAUAUUUUCCUUCGAGAAAUAUGUUUUCUAACGCCUUAAAAACUAAAGAUAUAAAUUUAAAAAAACCAUCCGAAGAACCAAAUAAUAAACAAAUACCGAAGAUAAUGAAGAGUAAAACUUCUUUGGACAAAACGAAACCAAUAGAAAAAUCUACCGGUAGAUUAGUUAAACCUACAAAAACUAAUAUUAUAAAAAAAUCGGUUUCCGAAAAAGUUAAAACCGAUUAUCCAUCAUUAGAAGCCGGUAGAUCAUCACCAGAUUCGAGUACAGUUUUUGAAAGACCGAGAACCGCCACUCUUCGAAAGGGGAGCAUAGUAAAUGCUAAUAUAGCAGGUCCGGACUAUCCGAAAAUUCCUCUCAAAUCUAAAGUAGACGUUCCGGAAACGAAAAUACACAGUCCCAAGUCACUUAGUUCGGAAGACGAUAAAUACGAGGAUGAUUUCGAAUCUUACGAAUCCGAUUUCGAAGAAUAUUCUUCGUCUAAUUCAACCGGGAAUUUCGAAGAUAUUUCUUCGGAAGAUACUAGCAGUAGCUCACGACGGUUAAAAUGUAGUGGUACGACAUCCGUUGAAACUAGAAUUGUUUCGAUGAACGUCGAAGAAGACAAAAAAUUAGAUUCGGGACAUUUCGACAUGUCCGAUUAUAAAAACAAACGAAUUUUAAAUAACAUCAAAGAAUCUAUAGAAAAAGAAAAUACGAAUCUCGUUUUGACGAAUAAUCCGGCUUCGUUGUCGGACGAGGGAUUCGAAGAUCAAAAAUCUUUACAAUUCAUAAAUUUCUUGGAGGCCAAGAAGAAAAACGAACGGCUAAAAAGUUUGGAAAACAAAAGAAAAAGGGGCGAAGACAUAUUGAAUAUGAUCAGAUUGGAUUCAUUCGGUUUCACUUUGUUUGAAAUGGCGCCCGUUUCGUACGAAACGUUCAUAAAACGUUUCGGAAACGAUAAUGCCAUACAAACGGCAUGUCAAACGGGCGAAAACGAUAUAGACGAAGAAAUACAGACCGACGACAUCAUUCGUUCGAAUAAAUGGACGCAACAACCGACUUCGAUCACUAAUUUCGACCAAAGUGUUCCGAAGUUUUGGCAACAAUACAGAAGUGAAUACUUAGGAUGUGGGAGCGGAGAUGACAUUAUAGAAGACGAUAAGAAUAUUAAGAAUGUCGAUAGGCAUUCUUUAAACAAAUUUUUGUUAUCUAGUUGUAAUUUGAUGUUGCGAUUACUACAGGAAUCGAUUACAAAUAAUAAUACGAUGGUUCUACGAACUAAUAAUAAAACUUUACCAUUCAGCGACGGUUAUUACAAGUUCGAAACGUCGAGAGAUAUUUUCGUCAAUACUCGAGUGUCUUAUGCGACUUUUUCCUGUGAUAUUAGUACUAAAUUAAUUACGGUUUUUACGAAAAAUCGUAAUAGUGUAGUAGCCGUUUGGAGUGUUUUCAAUUGCGAAGAACCCGAAGCGGUUUUCGAAACUUAUGGAUUUGUGACUUGUUGUUCUUUCGGCACAGGAAAGUCUGAAAUUGUUUAUAUGGGAAUGGAAGAUGGGUCCAUUUUAAUUUGGAACAUUCGAGAUAAAAAGAAAUCUGACAUAUUGAAAACUGUGCCUACUUUUUCUACCGAUAUCAGUUCCAGUCAUCAAACUAAAAUAGUAGCUCUUCACAUUUUAGAUAAUUAUGAAGAAAAUUCGUAUAAUCAACAAACUAACGAGCUCUGUAGUCUAGAUGAGGAUGGUGAAAUAAUAUUAUGGACCAUAAUAGAAAAACGGACAGAUUUUAAUAAUUCCGACGAAAACGACGUCGUUCUCGUAAAAAACACCAACGUAUCACUAAAAUCGUUACAUCCCGAUUUAACUGAUCUACAAUGCACCGAUUUCGUCGCCAGUAGUUCGAAUACAAAUUAUUUAUUAGUAUCAACGAAUUAUGGUUUCAUUAUCCACCAUUUGAUUAAAGGAGGUAGCAGUACUGUGAAAAAGUUCCUCCCAGGUUCUGAUUCGAUAGCUACAUGUUUAGAAAGUUGCCCUUUUUCUUCAGAAUAUUUUUUAGCCGGGUACGAUAACGGGGAUAUAAAUAUAUAUAGUAGAUCGUCAGAAAAACCGCUCAUGGUACUAUCAGAUAAAGAUAAAAAUUUGGAUUACUGCCCUGUAGAUAAGAUUCAGUGGUCAAAAAAUGUACCCGUUGUUGUUUAUACUAAAGAUGCCAAAAACAGACUAAAUAUCUGGUAUCUGAAUGAAAGUGACAUGUUUCCAAUUUAUACAGUGCCUUUUGAUGAAGAUAUCACUUGUUUAAAACUAUCACCUUGUAUACAGAAUAAAAAAUCGUUUUUGUUGAUUGGUACCAGCAACGGUUCACUGUAUCUUUAUCAAUUGAAUGAAGAACAUGGUCAACAACUUAGUAAUGUAUAUGAAGAAAGUGUAGAGACUUUUAAAAAAUACGUAAAUAGAUUAUAGUAAUUUUAAUAUUACAUUAUGUUGAACUAUUUUGUAACGAUUUGUUUUAUUUUGAAUUGGUUUAUUAAAAAUUAUAAAAUACCUUA